ACCUAGGUAGGACCUUAUCAGUCUCAGAAGUCAUAUGACCAUUGACGGUCACUCCGGGAGGGCCCGAUAGCGGACGAUCGACUCAGAACUUGUCACACCUCUCAGUUUCCGCGCCGGUGGCGACCAGGCAGGUGCUCGAGAGCUACCGCAGUCCGCGGCGCACGGUCCGCUCGAACUACCGAGCAGAAGUGGGCACCCCUCGCUCGAACUCGCCGCUGUAGGUCUCCAAUUGAAGCACCGUGAAUUCAGCUCCCCUCAGGUUGGCUCGUCGCGGGAUCUUCCCGACAUUGCGACAUCAGGGUCCAGGAUUGUUCGUCUUUUGAGUUGGCAGCAGUCUAUCACCUGUCUGUCCCUUCAACUCUAAGGUUGCGCACAACACGAUAGCCGCUCCACCUCAGAACCGACAACUAUGGACGGCCCGGAAGUUAAGCCGUCGGUUUUGGACAGUCAUGAAGCCAAGUCGCCAGUUAUGGACGGCCCGGAAGCCAGGCCGUCGUUGGGCGCCGUCGCUCCGACGUCGUCGUCGCGUCGGCUGCUGUACGCCCUGACGGCUCUCUCGGCGAUCGGCGGCUUCUUGUUCGGCUACGACACAGGCGUCGUGUCGGGCGCCAUGCUGCUGGUGCGCGAGGACAUGGCGCUCGACGACCUCUGGCACGAGCUGAUCGUGUCGGCCACCAUCGGCACGGCAGGCGUGUUCGCGCUGGUGGGCGGCGACGCGGCCGACCGGUUCGGACGCAAACCCGUGAUCCUGGCCGCCAGCGUGGUGUUCGUCGCCGGCAGCGUGCUGAUGGCCGUUUCCGGAAACAAGGAGGUGCUCCUGGUCGGCAGGAUCAUCAUCGGCGUCGGCAUCGGCCUGUCGAGCAUGUCGGUGCCGAUAUACAUCUCGGAGGCGGCGCCGGCGGCGGUGCGCGGCCGGCUCGUCACCGUGAAUGUGGCGUUCAUCACGGGCGGCCAGCUGGCGGCCUCACUGAUCUGCGGGGCGUUUUCAGGGGUGGACCACGGCUGGCGCUACAUGCUCGGCCUGGCCGCCGUGCCGGCCGCGCUGCAGACGCUCGGCUUCCUCGCCAUGCCGGAGACGCCGCGCUACCUGGCCACCCGCGGCCGGCGCGACGCCGCGCUACAUGUGCUGCUGCGACUGCGCGGCGCGCCCGACACCGCCGAAGGCGAGCUGCGCGACGUCGAGCGCGACAUCGCGCAGGAGCACGAGGAACGCUCCUCGCGCCCGUCCAACGUGCUGCUGGCGGUGCUGUCGGCGGCGGGCACGCGGCGCGCGCUGGCCGUCGGUUGCGGCCUUCAGGUGUUCCAACAGCUGGCCGGCAUCAACACCGUCAUGUACUACAGCGCCAGCAUCAUCACACUGGCAGGCGUGCGCGACCCAACCACAGCCAUCUGGCUGGCAGCAGCGCUCUCCGCCAUCAACUUCAGCUUCACGUUCGUGAGUAUGGCGCUGGUGGAGCGGCUGGGCCGGCGUCCGCUGACGCUCAGCAGCAUGGCUGGCUCAGCGCUCAGCCUGGUGGUGCUAGCUGCCAGCUUCCACAUCAGCUACCAGCACUCGGCUCCGGUGCAGCUGUGGCCGUCCGACAGUUGCCACUACUCCAUAUGUGACGACUGUGUCGUCUCGGCCGACUGCGGCUUCUGCUUCCUGGAGGCGGCCGACGGUGGCGCGCUCAACGGCUCGUGCGUGCCGUUCGUGUCUCGGCAGAACACCUCAGCGGCGGUGGGACGAUGCGUCGGUCUGUCCGCCGCCGCCGGAGACACUUUCACUUGGGCGCCUGACUGGUGUCCUUCCGACUACUCCUGGAUGCCUAUCCUCGGCCUCUCGCUCUACCUGGUCUGCUUUGCCUCCGGCAUGGGCCCGAUGCCUUGGACCAUCAACUCGGAGAUCUAUCCGCUGUGGGCACGCGGCACGUGCAACGCCAUCGCCACGUCCUGUAACUGGUUCUUCAACCUGCUCGUGUCGCUCACGUUUCUGACGCUGACCACGGCCAUGACGAAGCACGGUACGUUCUACAUGUACGCCGGCCUGGCGUCGCUCGGCCUGGUGUUCUUCUACCUGACCGUGCCGGAGACGAAGGGUGUCUCCUUGGAGAGGAUCGGGGAGCUGUUUGAGAAGCCCUGGGGCCUGCACCCGCCGGCCCGACUGGCGCCGGACGCAGUGGAGGAGAAACCGGAGGGCAGCCGCGCAGGCAGUGUGUCGGUCCAGCAGUACUCGAACCCCGCCUUCGUCGGUGACGACGGAGCGUAGUGGGUAUAGCAGAGCCACGGAAUACACUCUUGGACUACGUUUGGAGCGUCUCGAACCAUAUACUUUGGAAUAAAACAGUGUCUAUGACAGUCGGCUGCUCGUUACAUAUAUGAGAGAGCAAAAGGAGAGUAUGUGACAAUGGAGAAGCGGAGAACUGUGUGCUCCAUUGGCGAAGUGUUCGCGACAUGAGCAAAGAGCAGUGCUGCUGUCAUUUGACAGACGCUGUCACUGUCAUAUGAAGGACCAUGAAGGAAGUUCCGAACAAAUGCUAAUACUGCAGCAUUUGUAAAUAUGUUAUGCACAUAUUGUGCUGUUAUGUAGCUGUAUUGUUACGUUGGGAUGAAUGCAACGCAAACUGGUCAUUCGAAGCAACGGACACUGGUAAGUGGUAAUAGUCGUGUUUCAUGUUGAUCUUUCCUCAAGAACACCGAUAAAAAACUUCCCAAUUUCGGAAGAAUCAAGCAAAUGCGUCUUAAUGAAAAUCUGUUCAAAUCAGCGUCUCUGAGUUGCAUUACCUGUUAUGGAUCAUAUCAGUUAAGAGAAAUGGAACGUCUUUAUAAUUGUUGAUGGACUGAAUCCCCUCAUUGUGGUUGACUUAAUAUGAGCCUUUUGUUUCGAUUCGUUAGUACAGAAGUAUCAUUGAUUGACCACCACUUAAUCUUUCGGUGUGCGUCGCACGAUGAUAGCGUAUCAAUGCGAUCACGAGAGCACUCACGGCUGGGAACCUUAGCAUAUAACAUCUGGCGACCCACCCACCUCACGUUAUCGGUGUGAAGUGUGGAAAAAUUUCGACGGGAGUGUCUAAAUAAAAAUAGUGUGACGAGUG